UCAUCAACCAACAACAAGCAUUCCAAUAACUUGAAUCUUUUCAUACAUCUUCAAGAGCUUCAUAAUAAUUCAAACUUCUUUUAUUUAAAAUAAAAUAAAAAUGGCUUUCGUGAGAAGUCUAUUGGGAGCAAAGAAGAUUCUAAGCCGCUCCACCGCAGCAGGAUCUGCGGCACCAAAAGGGUUUCUUGCGGUGUACGUAGGAGAGAGCCAGAAGAAGAGAUAUUUGGUGCCGCUCUCAUACUUGAGCCAACCGUCAUUUCAAGCUCUGCUCAGUAAAUCCGAAGAAGAGUUUGGGUUUGCUCAUCCGAUGGGUGGCUUAACGAUCCCUUGUCCCGAAGAUACUUUCAUCAAUGUGACUUCUCGGCUCCAAUGAAGAUGAUCCAACAUUUUUUCCUUCAGUUAGAAAUAGACUUAUUCAUUGUAAAUACAUGAGCUUUUUUCUCUUUCUUCUUGAAAGAGUUGUUCUAAAAGUGUAGAAAGUGAAAUACAAAAUUAAUGUUAUAUACAAACUUCAUGUCAAUACAUUUUUGAUCGCUCAUUGAAAAAGAAAGACGACACCAAAUUCAUCAAUCAAAAAACUACUCUAAUUAUAGUUUCAUGUUGAUUAAAAACAAUUAAGUGGAACAUCUAACA